AUGUCAAGAUUGUAUUCAUAAAUAUGUAGAAUAAUGAACAGUGUUCCUAGAGGAUUAAAUCCAUCAGCAAUAUAUUCACCUUCUGUUUAUAUCUAGGCUCUUCGAAUUCAUAGAUAUUAGAUACCUUAAAAUGAGAUCUUCAUACAAGUGACAAAAACAAUUGAAAUUAAACAUGCUUGUGAAUAAUCAAUUGAUGUACUAGAUUGUUUAAGCAAAAAGAAAAAAAGAGCAAGAAAGAAAUAAAUAAGAAGAAAGGGAAAUAAAAUAAUUGAUGCAAGAAAUAGAUGA